AUGUGCACAGAACGACCGAUCCCGGAAGUUCGUGAACUUGGGGAAAACAAGGUCGGCUCGGCGAAAAAGCGGUCUCUGGGCGGCGUAGAAAUUCAGAAACACAGCCGAAUGUUGUGGCUCGUGCUGGCGGCUGCGCUGGUGGUCCGCGUGGUGGCCGCCGUGGUGUGGCAACAACAGAUCGAUCCAGAACCGUUCCGCUUUGGCGACAGCGAUUCGUAUUGGGUACUGGCUCAGACCAUCGUCAACGGCGAACCCUAUCAGUACGGUGGGCCGACCGCGCAGGUAUUCCGCAUGCCUGGCUAUCCCUUGUUGCUCGCCGGGUGGAUGACGCUGCUGGGUGGAGAACCCAGCGUAUUGGCCGUGCGAAUGCUAAGUGUAUUUCUGGGCACGCUUACGGUGGGAUUGGUGUACCUGUUGGGUAUGCAAAUCUUCAACCGCACCACUGGAUUGGUCGCCGCGUUGAUCACGGCGUUCUAUCCCGGAGCAAUCGUCUCCAGUGUGCUGAUCCUCAGCGAGCCACCUUUCUGCCUGUUGAUGCUGCUGCAAUUGAUCUUGUUGGUGAAGUGCAGCCGAGCCGAGAUGUCGGGGGCCCUGGCGUUCGCAUUCCUGGCGGGCAUCGCCGGAGGUUGCGCCACGUUGGUUCGCCCCAGUUGGCUGUUAUUCAAUCCGCUGGUGGCCGCAUUCUUGCUGGUUGUCGCUGGCACUGCAUCACGAAAGCUGCUGGUUUCGCUCACUCUGAUGGUGGCGAUGUGCAUUCCGCUGGCACCCUGGUGGGUCCGCAAUGCACGACUGAUUGGGCACUUCGUACCGACGACCCUUCAAGUGGGGGCCAGUCUCUACGACGGCUUAAACCCCGACGCCGACGGUGGCAGCGAAAUGUCGUUUGUGCCGAAGUUUCGCGAGACUGUCGAAGCCGAAGAAGUGGGACCCGAAGACGAUGUACUGGAGUACCGACUCGACCAACGAAUGAAGCAGGCCUCCAUCGAUUGGGCCAAACAGCAUCCGGGGCGAGUGUUGCAGUUGGCCGGCAUCAAGUUUCUUCGCCUGUGGAAUGUGUGGCCCAACGCAGCCGAAUUCGGAGGUUGGCUCCCCCGACUGCUGGUCACGGUGAGUUACGCCCCCCUGCUCAUCCUCGGCCUGAUCGGCGUGUGGCGUUUCCGCCACCUUGGGUUCGCCUGGAUGUUGUGCUGGCUACCCGCGGUGUACUUCACGGCACUGCAUGUGGUGUUUGUGAGUUCGUUGCGAUACCGCGAACCGGCGAUGCUCACUUGGAUUGUGCUGGCCGCCGCGGUGAUCGUCUCGUGGCGGGGCGACCGACUGCCGUCGCCGGCGAACUCGGACGAGCAACAAACCGUUUAA